AUAGGCUUCUUCUAUAUAUACAAAGUAAUUGAAGUUCAUAAAAAUAAAAUUAUGUCACUGGUGUUUCCUCUCUAGUCUCUAGGGCUCCGAUAAAACUAGGGUUUUUUUUUUUUUUCUGGGGCUGUUCGAUUUAAGAGGUUCUCUGUUGAUAAUGUCUGUAGAAAAUAUGAUUUGCAUGAUGGAUGAUAUUGUCAACAGAUUAGAACAAUGUUGCCUCGCGUACGAAGCUAAGACUGCGAGGUUUAUAAAAUCAGAACUCGCACGUCUCAGCCAUAAGAAGAAGAAGAAGAAGCAGAAGAAGAAGAAACUUCAUCUAGUCCUUGACUUGGACCACACGCUUAUCCACUCGAGGCUUGUUUCAGACCUUUCUAUACAGGAGAAGUAUCUACUCGAAGAAGCUAAAACAAGGCAAGAUCUAUGGAGAUGCAAUGAAUAUAUGAUAAAGCUACGACCUUGUGUUCAUGAGUUUCUAUUAGAAGCCAACAAGCUUUUCACCAUGCACGUUUACACAAUGGCCAGUUCCAGUUACGCCGAGACGGUGUUGAGGUGCAUUGAUCCGGAUCAAGUAUACUUUGGCAACCGAGUCAUAGCCAGAGAAGCAAGUCCUUACUUUAAGACACUUGAUCUUGUUCAGGCUGAUAAGCGUAAAGUUGUGAUUGUUGAUGAUACGGUUGAUGUUUGGCCAUAUGACGAGAGAAACUUGUUGCAUAUCACCAGAUACAAGUAUUUCAGAGACGAUGAUGAUACUAUGUCUGAAUCAUAUGCAGAAGAGAAGAAAGACGAGAGCCGGCGCAGAGGAUCAUUGGCGAAUGUUUUUAGAUUUCUCCAAGAUGCUCACAAAAGAUUCCAAGAAGAGUUAGGUGUUAAAGAUGUGAGGCUACUGAUACCUGAUCCUUGCAAACAAUACUGCUUCUGACUUCUGACACUGAGAGUAAGUAG